AUGAAACUUUAUUCUAUCACAAUAUUUGCAACAGAACCUAAUCAACCUGCUAUUAAUUUGGCUGGAGAAUACGAUCUUUCGGGUUUUGAAUUUAUGACAUUUUUUGCUAAAACAGUUGCGGAAAGAACUAAGCCUGGUCAAAGACAAAGUGUUGAAGAAAAUAAUUAUGUAUUCUAUGCUUUCUCAAGACCUGAAGGUUUAACAGGCAUAAUUAUUUGUGACAAUGAAAGAUCUCACAACAAGGAGUUGAACGACAAGACCAAUAAUUUCUUCCAAAAUUCAUCUGGACAAAUGUCAAUCAAUAUAAUUGAAAAUUUGGGGAAUUUGGAAAUAGAAAGCAAUGAAAAAGACAAUUCUAACAAAAUAUUCAAUGAGGAGGAUAAGGCUGGGGACAAUAUAGAUUUGGAUUAUGUAUCUAAGUUGAAUUAUUCACAAGUCAAUCAACUGGUAGCACAAAAUAUGCAGAUAAUACAAUAG